UAUUUGUCUAGUUCCAGUAAACAGAACAGAUCAAUUCCAAAUUUGAAGAUACACAUAUACCUAUAUAUAUAUAUAUAUAUUAAUAUACCAAAGACAUAGCCAAACGCUGUAUUAGAAUGGAGGAGGCUGGCGAGCUGCGUGUUUCGCCCCAUAUAACCUUGAAGAUGCAAUCGGCGGAUCGGGGCGUUAUCCUCUUCCGCAUACGGCGCCUGAUGCCGCUGGGCAAGCUGAAGGAUGCGUACUGCUCGCAGAUGGGCUUGUCCAAGGAUUUGGCUAGCCUAUCGUUCGAUGGCGAGAGGAUCAACGACAAUGAUACCGCCAAUUCGCUGGAGCUCGAGGAUGAGGAUAUGAUGGAUGUGCUGAUGAAGCGUCAAUCCGAGGCUGGCGAUACGGCGAUCCGGCCCGCCGAUGCACCAUCCAGCUAGUUAGCAUUUUUGAGUUGGUUUUCGUUUCACACUCAACAAAAAUUUAUAAAGUCUACCCACUUGACGCAAGGUCAAUGAA